UGUGAAAGCUUUCCACGUUAUUCGCUAUUCGGACUCUCGUCUUCCUUUUCCCUCGCUUGACUUUCAGUGUUUUAUCGCCAUCGCCAACUUUUUAGGGUUUUUGGAAGCAACGAGAAAGGACUUGUGAUUUGGCUGAUGCUACUCGUAAAUGAUCUUCGAGGAUGGGAAACGGAAGUGUCGCAUGGACUAUGAUUAGCAAGUGUGUUCUGCGACCAAUAGUCGAUAUAUUCAGCUCAGAAGUGGCAAUCGGGCGCCGAAUGGUUUGGAGCUGAAAAUUUGAGCUGAAAUUACUGUAUGAAGGAUCCAAUUUCUUUCUGCUAAUUAGAAGAGUAAUUUUGCCAAAAGGAGGUUCAGCAUGGGUUGUUUUGCGUCAACUCUGAGUGAUGGUGGUGGAAACCGGAGAAGAUUAAAGAGUAUAGGAGAAUUGGCCAUUUUUGUGCCGGGAUUUCGCAUUCCAAUUGCUAUAGAUUUUACUCAGCCACUGGGUGAUAGCUUGCCAAAAAGUUUAGUGAACCGUCUCUCAGCCCUAAGAACUCGGAUAGUUUCCAUGGCUAUGCAUGAGGCAGCAACUGCAACGAAGUUAAAACAGAAGAAAAUUACACGAAAUGGAACUUCUACAUUUUCAGAUCUUCUUCAAGCCCUUGAAGAUUACCUUCCUGUUCUGCUGGGAUUGACAAAAGAUGGAAGACUGAAAGUUAAAGUUAAGUUUGCGUGGAUCAACCAGGAAGACGAUGAUGAGCAAACUGCCAUUGCUAAUGUCUGGUACGAGGUACUAUCAGUCCUGCAUUUGAUGGCAAUGCUUUGUUUAGCAGAGGCCAAUUAUUUGCUCCUUCCUAGAAAAUCUAAUGAUGGAUACCAGCAGCAGGUGUCUGAAGAGAAUAGGCGGAGAUCCAUUGAUGUCCUUUUGAAGGCAGCGGGAUAUUUAGAUUGUUCCAUCCAUCAGGUUCUUCCUCAAAUACCCCUUGAAUUGAGGAGAAACCUUCCAGUUGACUUAUCUGAAGAGGAGUUGAAUGCUUUGUGCAUGCAAGCGUUGGGUCAGGGGGUCGACAUUCAACUGGAGAUGGCAAUUGAUAGUCCCAAAGCAACACUUGCCGUAAAAAGAAGGCUUGCUUGUGAAAUGGUCAAGUAUUUUAAUCAGGCCCAGGAUAGCAUUUUAAAGAUUCAAUUCAGCGGUGGAUGGGGAGAAAAGCAUCGGUUAUUUCUCAAGUGGAAAUAUGCUGAAGCAAAGGCGGCUGCCUAUUAUUAUCAUGCUAUGAUCCUUGAUGAGGGGAACUCAGAGGAAUCCCAUGGUAUGGCUGUGGCUGCACUGCGAGCUGCGGAAGAGUUUUUGAAAGAAAGUAAGAGGGCAUGUGAAGUCUUCAAUGUAGCUCCUCCCACUUCAAGAAACCCACCUCCUUGGGGUUCUAUGAAGUAUCUCUCUUAUAAAAUUACUAAGGAUGCCUCCAGUAAAGCUCACGCCAACCAGGUUGUCUACUCUCAGGAAAGGAUCUUACAGGAUGCUCCUGCUUUGCCAGAUUUUGCAUUAGCUCUUAACCCAGAAGAAUACCAGCUUCCUCCAUUGGAUCCCAUCUGGAAUACAGUGACCAGCACUACUGAGGAUUUGAACAGAAAUAAAUUAACACCUACUUCCCCACUCCCUGAGAUGCAGUUUCCAGCAACUGAGAGGAAAUGAGUUUUCAAUUAAAAGGUUCCUUUGCAUAAUGUGCUUUCAAUGCUCCUCUUGACUGCUUUUAUACAGUUUUUCUUCCUUUUUUCCCCCUUAUUUUCUAGCAAAGAAUCUCCCGAAGUAUCCGUUGGGAGAUUUCCAUUUUGGCAUUUGGUGAUGUAUUUAUAAAUAAAUUAUAAUUUAUGUCAUUGCACAUUAUGUACACAUUAUGUAUGGGUCAGUGAUAUCAGGCAGAUUAGCAUUCCUUGA